AUGGUGGCUGUAGACAAAGAUAAGAACAGUGUUGAUGCAUUUCGUUGGGCCACUGAGAAUAUUGAUAAUCCAAUCGUCAUUGCUGUUCAUGUCAAGGAUAAAGAAAUUCCUCAUCAGGGCAAGAAUGUUUUCCCACCUGAUGAAGAAGAUUUAGAAAAUAUUUUCAAUCAAUUGCGUCAAGAGUGUCAUCCUAAAGUCCUAAAGAUGAAAGAAGCUGUAAUACAUGAUAGUGAUCCUGUUAAAGCAAUAAUAGAAUAUGCAGAAAGGAAUCGUGUUCAUACCCUUGUUCUUGGUGCACCAACCGGCUCCAACAAGAAGAACACUUUGGCAAAAUCUCUCUCUCUUCAAUUCACCAAGUCAUCAAGCAAGAAAGUGAAAGGCGUAGAAGUAGCAACAGGUGUAAUGAGAGCAGUCCCAGAAUACAUAUCAGUGUAUGUAAUUAAAAAGGGAAAGAUAGUGGCAGCAAGAGCAUCAACACACCCAUUGAUUGGGGCAACACCACCAAGACAAUCUAGUGUUGAUUCUCUUCAAUAUGACUUGGAAAAUAAAAGGGCAUCAUUAGUACCACCACAAUUGAUUAGAGGAUUAAGCACCAACAGUUGUAGUAGAUCUGAAAGAAUAAUGAAUGAUAACAUGAGAAGGAGAUUUUCAAGGUUGGAUUCAAUGGCGGAGAGCGUUGACCUAACUAGUUAUCGACAAAGGUUAUCAAUGACCCAUGAUGAAUCAUCAAAAGCCUUUGACUUCAAUUACUCUCCUUCUAAUUGGGUCAUUGAUGAUUCUUCCGACAAAAUCUCUCCUAUCACAAAUUCCCCCCAAACGUUGAAAAGCUCAAGAUCCAAAAGAGAAAAGAGUGACGUUGAAGCUGAGAUGAAUCAAUUGAAGCAAAUGCUGAAGCAAACUAUGGACUUGUACAGUGUAGCUUGCAAAGAAGCAAUUGCAGCCCAAAAUAAGGCUAGAGAAAUUAAUCAAUGGAAAUUGAAAGAGGCGCCUAAGAUUGAGCAAGCUAGGCUAGCCGAAGAGGCGGCCAUGGCACUAGCCGAGGAGGAGAAGGCUAAGGCGAAGGCGGCGAUGGAAAAGGCAGAUGAAGCCAUGAAAAUGGCUGAAGAAGAAGCAAAGAAAAGAGCAGAAGCAGAGAGGAAGGCUAAAUUGGAGGCAGAAGAGAAAGAGAGGGCCUUAAAUGUUUUGGCUUAUAAGGAUUUUAGGUACAGGAAAUACACCAUUGGGGACAUUGAAAAAGCUACUAAUAAUUUCUCCCUAUCAUUGAGAAUUGGUGAAGGUGGAUAUGGACCUGUCUUUAAAGGCCAACUUGAUCAUACCCCUGUUGCUAUCAAAAUUCUGAGACCUGAUGCUUCACAGGGCAGGAGACAGUUUCAUCAAGAGGUUGAGGUAUUAUGCAGCAUUAGGCAUCCUAAUAUGGUCCUUCUCCUUGGUGCUUGCCCUGACUAUGGAUGCUUAGUGUAUGAAUUCAUGGAUAAUGGUAGCUUAGAAGAUAGACUAAUCCGAAAAAAUAAUACCCCUCCUCUCUCAUGGCCAAAACGGUUUGAAAUAGCGGCCGAAAUAGCGACCGCAUUACUCUUUCUUCAUCAGGCUAAACCGGAGCCAAUCGUGCACCGAGAUCUUAAACCGGCCAACAUUCUCCUCGACCGGAAUUUCGUAAGCAAAAUAAGUGACGUCGGCCUAGCCAGACUAGUGCCGCCGUCCGUGGCCGACUCCGUGACACAAUACUACAUGACCACGGCCGCCGGCACCAUGCAUUAUAUUGAUCCGGAGUACCAACAAACCGGAAAACUAACAACAAAAUCGGAUGUAUACUCAUUGGGAAUAAUGUUACUUCAAAUAAUAACGGCUAAGCCUCCAUUAGGGUUAACUCAUCAAGUUAAAAGAGCAAUUGAAAAGGGUCAAUUUUCUAAUAUUCUUGAUCCUUCCAUAAAUGAUUGGCCAGUUGAAGAGGCACUAAGCUUUGCUAAAUUGGCAUUGCAAUGUUCGGAGCUAAGAAAAAAAGAUAGGCCAGAUCUUGGAACAGUUGUAGUGCCAGAAUUGGAUCGUUUAAGAAACUUUGGAUAUGAAUCAAUUGGCCAUAACAAUAUUCUUCCUUUUAGCAACUUCUAUCAUGCAACAUCAUUACUCCCACCUCGUUCACCUACACAAGUCAUCAACAAUAUUUAA